AUGACCGACAACAACAACACCAACACCAACCCAGACAAACCGGUCGACCCGUUUCUCGUCGGGUACCAGCCCUCGGAUCUCCGAAUCGCGUCGGAGUUCCUCACCACCUGGCUUUCCUUCCUCUCCAGAGAUCUCUGUAACCACUGCUCCACUAAACUCGCCGAUCGCGUCCGCUCCCUCGGCUCAGAACUUGAUGGUGAUUCUAAACCGGUCAACCCAGAUGAAAAUUCGAGUGAUUUGACACCGAAGACCCCGGAAUUGCAGGGGGCUAGUGAUAAUGGUGAAGAUAAUUAUAAUGAUGAGGACUCAAAUUCACUAGGUAGUUGGAAAGACGGAGUUCAUGGGAUAUCUGAAUCCGACCCGGAAGCUUCUAGCAGUGGCUUGGCCCCUAAAUCCCCCUCUGUAGAGACUCAAAGUUCUCGAAUGUCGUGGGCCGAUAUGGCGCAGGAAGACGAGCUAGAGGAAGAGGAAGAGCGUGAAUUGAGUAAGCGGGUGGUGAAUGUAAAUGCCGCGACUGGAGAGUUGAGGAUAACGAAGCCUACAUUGUCUAGGGAGCAGAGGGAGUACAUUAGGUUCAUGAAUGUAAAGAGGCAGAAAGAUUUUAUUUGUUUGGAGAGGGUCAAUGGGAAAUUUGCUAACAUUCUGGAGGGACUUGAGCUCCAUACUGGUAUCUUUAGUGCGGCGGAACAGAAGAGGAUAGUUGAUUUUGUUUAUUCGCUCCAAGAGAUGGGCAAGAAGGGUGAAUUGAAAGCGCGUACAUAUACAGCACCCCAAAAGUGGAUGAGGGGCAAGGGACGAGUAACCAUUCAGUUCGGUUGUUGCUACAAUUAUGCAGUGGAUAAAAAUGGUAAUCCACCUGGUAUCCUCCAGAAUGACGUAGUAGAUCCUAUACCUCCUCUUUUUAAGGUGAUCAUUAGGAGGCUGGUAAAGUGGCAUGUGCUUCCGCCGACCUGUGUACCUGAUAGUUGCAUUGUCAAUAUAUAUGAAGAAGGGGACUGUAUACCUCCGCAUGUUGACAACCAUGACUUCCUUCGACCUUUUUGUACUGUUUCAUUUCUUAGUGAAUGCGACAUACUUUUCGGAACGAACUUAAAGGUUAUUGGUGCUGGCGAGUUUGAGGGUUCAUUUGCAAUCCCCUUGCCUGUCGGAUCUGUUCUGGUUUUAAAUGGAAGGGGGGCUGAUGUGGCUAAGCAUUGUGUGCCUGCAGUACCUAUGAAACGGAUAUCUAUCACAUUUAGAAGAAUGGAUGAAUCCAAACGGCCCAAGGGUUAUGCUCCAGAACCUGACUUGCAGGAUAUUCAACCAUUGUCCUAUGAAGAGGACAAGAUAACUCGGUUGAACACUCCUAGAGGCGAACGUCAGAGACACUCAACUAGAAGAGUAGGUAACUCAGAAAUGAGGGGAUCUGCAGAAAGAAGUCACGUCCACCCAGAGCCUCAUGACUCAACCUGGAGUCGACGUGGAUCUGGAAUUAGGUGGAACCGGGGAAGGGGGGUCAAUGUGAAUUUCGGGGCCUAG